GUGGCAGCAGGAGGAGAAAUGCAGCCUUCUGUGGAGACGCAGUCGGCCGGAGGUGAGCAGGUGCUCAGGAAUGCUGCAGAGAAUCCGACGGCAGACAUGCUGGCAGAGAUGCCGAGUGAGGAAGCAGAGCCUUUGCCCUUUGGUGCAUCCACGCAGCCUGCCCUGAACGAGGCCGACGUCACUUGUGUCACGGAGAGCUUGCGGCAAGCCCUGGCAGCUCCAGCAGCAGAGCUGGAUCCGUAUACUCUGAGCAGAGCAGACAUGGAAGCAGUUCUGGAACAGGAAGAAUUGUGUCAGGAAUUGAAAACGCUUGAUCUCUCUGGUCUGGAGGCGCUCGCCUACGUCCUCAUGGCAAAACUUGGAUCCCUCGCCCGUGCGUUUGCUUGGUUUGACACCCACAGAAAAGGCAAGUUCAGCACCGUGGUGUGGGAUACAGGCAUGGUGCUCCUGAAAAUUGAUCUGGAGAAGCUCACAGGCUUUAAGCCGUCGCAAGUCUUUAGCAUGAUGGACGGCAAUCCUUCUAACGGUUUCGUUUCGAGGAAGGAGUGGAACAGGUUUUUUGGGGCUCUGGAGGAAGGUUCCCUCACCGAGCUGCUCAAAAAGGCGGCAGAGGAGAAAGGUACCAUUGUAGAGCGGGCAAAGCGUCGCGUUGAAAAGCUGGAAAAAGAUCGCCCAGCACCUCCUGAGAAAGCUACAAAACGAGGCAAGAGAAGGCCUUCCGUGCCAUCCGUGCAGCAAGGUUCUCGCCAGGGAGCUGCGACAGAUAGCGGGGGUCAGGAUGAUGCCAGGCAACAGGAGGCAGAGGAUCUCUUCCGAGAAAGGGCCCGCAAGGCUCUUGCUACCUUGACGCCGGGAGAAGCCUUGACCUAUGCCUCUGACACUUUCACCAAGUGGCAGUCGGAUGAUCAGGCAGAGGCAGGGCCAAUGAUCCUCUCCGGUGAAAUGCCAGAUGAACUUCUAAGCUUUCUGCUCCCAGAAGAGAAGUGCGAUAUCGUCGAGGAGCUUGCUGAAGACAUGGACCUGUGGGUAUUGUCCUGC